GACUUUAAAGACCAGCUGUUUUUAACCAAGACAUUGAAACAUGGUGGAUUACUAUGAAGUUCUGGGAGUGCAAAAGCAUGCCUCACCAGAAGAUAUUAAAAAAGCGUACCGUAAAUUGGCAUUAAAAUGGCACCCCGAUAAAAAUCCAGACAAUAAAGAAGAGGCAGAGCGGCAAUUUAAACAAGUAGCUGAGGCCUAUGAAGUUUUGUCAGAUACUAAAAAACGUGACAUCUAUGACAAGUACGGAAAAGAAGGCUUAAUAAACGGAGGUGGAGAAGGAAGUCUAUUUGAUAAUCAGUUUGAAUUCGGAUUCACAUUCCGGAACCCAGAAGAUGUCUUUAGGGAGUUCUUUGGUGGAAGGGAUCCCUUUUCAUUUGACUUCUUUGAAGACCCUUUUGAGGACUUCUUUGGGGGCAGGCGAGGUCCAAGGGGAACCAGAAGCAGAGGUGGUGGAUCAUUUUUUUCUGCCUUUGGUGGAUUCCCUGCUUUUGGAAGUGGUUUUUCUUCAUUUGACACAGGUUUUACUUCGUUUGGUCCACUGGGACAUGGAGGCCUUACUUCGUUCUCCUCUACGUCAUUUGGUGGCAGUGGGAUGGGUAACUUCAAAUCAGUAUCAACUUCAACUAAAAUAGUUAAUGGCAGAAAAAUUACUACGAAGAGAAUUGUUGAGAAUGGACAAGAGAGAGUAGAAGUUGAAGAAGAUGGCCAGUUAAGGUCGCUAACAAUAAAUGGUAAGGAGCAGCUGCUACGCUUGGAUAACAAGUAAUUCAACGCACGCAUUUAACAGAAAUUUUAAGCUCUAACAGCCACCAUUUGAGGAUUGACAGGAACAUUUUUUGAAGAUUUCAAACGAACUCAACUUUCUGUAUAUCCGUACUUAAUCUUAAGUAGUAUAAAUAGCUCACCGGAGCUUGUAUUUGUCAUAGACUUUUGAGUUAAUUGUUGGGACCACAUCAAUAGGACCAUUUUUUGUCCUUAAAAUUGUUGUAAAUUUCUGUAUGCACUUUUCUUUUUAUUAUAUAUGAUCCAAGGUGAACCAUGAUCCUUCAGAAGUGCUAGGGCGAGAUGUACACUAACACUAGCAUGAAUCUUGCUUUUUUUCCAAUUUGUUUGAAAUGUGAGCCAAUUAGUAGUUUAAGUCUGCUGUGAAGUUAACAUUUCCAGGAUAACAUUUUUAGUAAUUUCAACUUUUUUUUAAAUAUUUAGUAGUGAACAAUGUUAAUACAUUUCUGGUAAUGCAUUUCUGGUUUAAAUAAAUUAAGGAUGUUUUCUAGUUGUGCAUGAACGCAGACAACUUAGUAAGUUUUGACAAAUGUUUAAAUGUGUAAUGUAAGCAAACAGUAAACAAAAGUGAAGCCAGUGAGCUGGGUCUUUUGUCAUUUGCUUAAAAAAAAAAAAAAUUCAAUAUGAAUAAAUGCUGAUGUUUGUGGUGCAUUCUUUCACGAAUGGCAUUGGUAACCUUCCUGUGUCUGUGUGUGAUUUGGGCUUCUUGGGAAAACAGUGUUUUUCUUUUCUUCUCUGUUUUUCUCCUCCCAUUCCUUCAAGCUUAAGGAUGAGGGCCUUUAUUCUUUGCAGAUGUUUUCGUCAAUGUGAGUGAAAACAUGAUUUUUAAUUUCUUUUCUAAACUUGUAUUUGAAGCACCUAUUUUCAAGGAGUAUUCAGAGGUUGACUUUCUCGCUCCAUCUUUCACCUUAAUAUAUUACUUUUUUUUCUUUGGUCCUACAUUUUAAAACAAGCAAAAAAAAAACCCUCUGAAGCUGUAAGUUGAGACCCCUUUAAACAAUGAUCUGUAUUGGGCAUAAACACCCAAGGAAACAAUUAAACAAAAAAACUUUAUGAAUUAUAACAUUUUUUACUCAUAUUGGGGAUGAGCAUGAUUGCUUUGGAGAAGGCUUACAAAACGAAAAUGAAAGCUAACUAAAAUAUCUUGCUAAAAUAUCUCUUAUUUUUACACAUUAACCCAAAGUAAAAAAAAAUCGGUGAAUUCCUUUGUUACAUUAAUGAAUGAAGCAAAAUGUUAAUCUCUUAGAUAAGACCAGAUUUUCAAAGUUUCGUGAAAGAAAUUACUGUAUGUCUGUGAUGUCAUAGAUAAAGCAUGCAAAUAAGUAUUGCCACAUGUGAACACCUGCCAGGCCUUGGAUACUUUUGUGCAUUCAUGGAUGUGCAGUUUUUAGUCUCUUUACCAGCUUUGAACAUCUGGCCUUCACUGAGCUCUGCAGGCUGGCUAACUGUUUUUAAAGGAGAGGGGAAAAAAAAAAAAAAAAGCAUAGUAUUUUCAAAUGAUCAGUUAAUGUCUUUUACUGAGCACCGUCUGCUUUGUACUAACAAAUGCAGCUAUUACUAAAUACUGCAAGGAGUUGCUCAUGUUUCAUGCCAGAUAACUUAACCCAAGAACAAUACUAACAAAUUGCUGCAGUAGAAUUCAGAUUCGUGUUAACAUGCUUCCCUCUGCCAUUAGUGUCAGUUGCAUAGAACUAAACAAAAAAGCAGAGGCAGGAGAAGGAAUAAACGUAUACUUCAGUUUUGGGACAACGAAAGUUAUGCACCUUUUAAAGUUUUUGCAGAUUUUUGGCUACUUCAGUGUUGUGGUUUUGGUGCAGAAGCACAAACUUGGGCUAGAAACUCUAUAAACAGUGUUUUUAUUUUUGUCAGUCUUGCGGUGUUUUUGUUUUGGGGGGUUUUUUGGCUUCCUCGUGUGUGUUUCUUCUUGAUAGAGAUGAUAACAGUUUAUUUCAAAAUCUGGUGGUCUUGUGAUGUCUUGAGUUAUUAAAAGAAAAAUGUUAAUUUACGUAGAUUUAUAGGACACACUGCUCCGUUAUGUAAACUGUAAAAAGUGCUUCGAAACUGGUUUACCAACUCAAAUAAAAUUAGGACAAUCUGGA